UCUUUUUCUCUCGAGAUCGGAUGGGAUGGUUCGCUGGUUUGUCCAGUUUCUCCCACCUGCAACUGACAGAAAGUGGAACUCCAGGUUGCUCGAUGGUUUUGUAAUGAACAUACAUGUUUUUGGAGAAGAAGCGAUCCACGGAUUGGCAUUUUGGUCUUAGUAGAGGAUUGCGCAGUCCCCGGAGGGAGCAUCAAAUGUCAUUAC